AUGCAUCCAGGCGGGAAUAAGAUGUAUAGAGAUCUUCAAGAGUUAUACUGGCGGCUUGGGUUGAAGCGUGAGGUUACUGACUUCGUUCCUCGCUGCUUGACUUAUCAGCAGAUAGCACCUUACGAGGCACUGUAUGGUCAUAAUUGUCGCACUCCUUUAUAUUGGAUUGAGUUAAGCGAGCGACGUAUUCUAGGUCCUAAGUUUGUUUCCAAGACUGAAGAUAAGGUUCUACUGAUUAGGGAUCAACUGAAGGUAGCUUAUGAUAGGCAGAAGUCUUAUGCUGAUCUAGAGAGACGUGAGAUCGAGUACUCAGUGGGAGACUUCGUGUUUCUGAAGGUCUCGCCAUGGAAGAAGCAUAUUAUCCCUGUUAAGGAGAUUAAGGUUCAUCCAGAUCUAACCUUUGAGGAAGAGCAGGUUCAGAUUCUGGAUUGCAACCCUAAGGUUCUGAGGAGGAAAUCCAUUCCAUUAGUGAAGGUGCUGUAG